CACACACACACACACACACACACACACAUGUACUCACAGAGUUUAAAAAGGGGUGCUGGGGCAGGAGCUGCGUGCCAAUCAGCAGCCGAGGACAGAGAGAGAAAGAACGACAGAGAGAGGGAGGGAGAGACAGACAGAGAGAGAGAUUAGACUGGGAGAAAGAGGUGAGAAAGAGGAGGAGAGGAAAGGAGAGGAGAGAGGACGGCACUGAUUCUCUGACUGCCACAACUCUGACUGACUUGGGACUGUACAAAGUGGAGAGACGUUGAGGAGAACAUUUUUUAAAAAGGAGUCAGAAAAAGAAGAAGAAGAAAAGAGAGAGACAGAGACAGAGGGGGAAGCCUGUUCAAGCUAAAGGCGAAAUGCCACAGAAUGUGACCCUGAUGGGACCGGCCCCCUGGGGGUUCCGUCUUACUGGGGGCAAGGACUUCAACCAGCCACUGACCAUCUCACGGGUGACUCCUGGCAGCAAGGCAUCUCUGGCUAACCUGUGCCCUGGUGACAUCAUCCUGGCCAUAGAGGGGGAGUCAGCUGAGGGCCUGAGCCACGGAGAAGCACAGCUGAAGAUUAAAGACUACAUCAACCAGCUUAACCUCAAAAUCGAGAGACCUGAAACCUGGCUUUGGUCUCCAGCAGUCCCCACAGACGACGGCAAAGUGAACCCUUUCAAAAUCAACCUGGAGGCCGAACAGCAAGAGUACAAACCCAUCGGCACAGGGCACAACCGGAGAGCCCAGCCAUUCGUGGCCACCACCCUUGACGAAAACCGGCAGGUGGUGAGCUCAUCCUACAACUCCCCCAUAGGGCUCUACUCCGCAGGCAACAUCCAGGAUGCCCUCCACGGACAGAUACGAGGCCUUGGAGGGGAUAGGCCAGACAGCCCAUGCUCAGCACAAGCGCAAUGCCCUAUGGGAAAUGUAGUUCAGGCUGGCAGUAAUCCUCCACAGCCCUCCACAGUCACUCCUUCUGCCACCACCUCCACCACUAACCCUGACCCUGACCAGGUGCCAGUCCUUGCUGCCCAGUAUAACUGCCCCAUCGGUUUGUACUCAGCAGACAAUGUUGCUCUUGCUCAGCAGCAGGCUCAGAUGUCUACUGCUGGUGAGGGAGACUCGUCACCAAGUGGGAAAAUGCUGUCAUCCAUCGAGGACUCCCAUGUGUACCGAAUGCUAACAGAUAACCAGGAGCCGACUCACGAACCCAGACAAUCCGGGUCCUUCCGCGCUCUGCAGGACUACAUAGACAGUGAUGGUAGCAGACCUCUGGUGACGAGAAGCGUCAGAGCUCCAGUGACAAAGCCCUCUCAGGCGGGCAGUACGCUGUCCAAGCUGCCGCUGUGUGACAAGUGUGGCCAAGGCAUUGUGGGUCCGGUGGUAAAGGCAAGAGAUAAGUACCGCCACCCGGCUUGUUUCGUGUGUGCCGACUGUGAUGUCAACCUGAAGCAGAAGGGUUACUUCUUUGUGGACGGCCAGCUGUUUUGUGAGACGCACGCCCGACAACGCACAGCACCUGUAGAUGGACACGACCUCGUCACUGUUUACCCUUCCAGUUAGGCACAGACAAAACAAAGCACAUUUAAGUGAGACAGGCAAAACAAAAAGAUAGACUUGUAUGUAGACAAUGACAAAAAUGCAGUGAGUGAAUCAUGCCAGAAUUCACUCAUGCCAGUUUUGAUGCACUGAAAAGGAUUUUUCCCCUUCCAAGACCGGUCAACUGCAGGGCUUUGAAUUCAGCCACUGUGUGUAUUAUUAUUGACAGCCAAUGAAUCUGUUUCUAACUUAAAUGUAGACAAACCUGACAUGUUCAACAUGUUCAACAAUACUGUAGAAAGGUAGAGGAAAACAUCUUUUAAAAAUGGUCUUAUCUUUGACUCUUUAUUGAUAUUAUGCUUCA